AUGUUUCAUCGACGUCGCCCCGCUACCACAACCACUCGCACCAGCAAGCCUACUCUGAUGACCAAACUCAAGGGGCGAAACGCGCAAUCGCGCACCGUCAAAACCACAACGACAACACAUCAGAAUCCCACCCACGGCCAUCAUACUGGCCAUACUGGCCAUACUACCCAUACUGGUCGCACUGGUCCUACUGGGGGCCGCUUUGGUCAUAGGAACGCCUAUGGAACACCUACUCAUACUCGUCAUCAGCGCAAACCCACACUUGGCGACAAGGUCUCCGGCGCUAUGUUGAAGCUGAAAGGAAGCUUGACGCAUCGCCCUGCAGUCAAGGCUGCUGGAACCCGCCGCAUGCAUGGCACUGAUGGACGUGGAAGCCACGCACACCGUGUCUACUGA